CCCCGUUUACACUGUCCCGGGACAAUUUUGUACCGUUACGGUUCACAAGUGUUUACACUGUCGCGGUUCCAAAUUGUUCCGUUUAGCCGUUCUGUUUACACUGUACCGGUACGACCUUAAUUUAAUGGUAGAACAUUGUAUUUAGUCAGAAGCUGUAUUUAGUCAACCAAGGCUUUUAUUUUGCCGCUGAAGUCAACAAUCGAAUUUUUAUUGUGAGUUAAAAUGGAGCGGAAGGCCGAUUAAAACUUUACUUGGACGAAAGACAAGGUGGCUUAAAAUCCAAUCAGGGCUUGGACUGGGAAACACUACAAGCCUUUUCUGUGGUCGUCUUUUCUUCAGAAUUUCCUUUUCUUCAGAAUUUGAGAACGUAGUUACGCCACAAUCAAAGCCUCGAUUACCUGAAACAGCCAUACAAAAGACCUCUUUGUGAUUCGUGACAAAAUCGUCUCGGAUAGGUGUUUACACUGUCCCGUUCAAAAACGGAACCGUGACGGUACAAAAUUCGUUCGCUUUCAAAGCAGGGUCAAAACUGUUCCGGAUAGCAGAGCAAAAUCGUCACGGUUCCACAGUGCUAGUGUAAACGCAAGGGCGAACCGCGACAGUUUUGUCACGGUUCCAAACUUGCACGGGACAGUGUAAACGGGGUCUGAGAUCCCAGACCAGAUCGAUCCCGUUUCUCCCGUAUAAACGGGGUCUAUUAUUCGUAUCGGAUUGGGUCAGUGAACCCGAUAUGAAAUGAAUCCGGUAUCGUGUGAACAGGGCCUAAACCCCUAAAUGCAGCUGCCAAAAAAAUCCAUUCUGGACUAGACAGAUUGUUGAACUGCACGAAGGGACUGGUCGCAUAUUAUUAUCAAUAUCUUUUUCACCAGGAUGAAUCCAUGCAUCGGUGCGAGGAUGGCAUAGUUGCUAGAGGUGCUAACUACAGACCCAAGGGUCAGGAGUCACGAGGUGUGGUCACAUCGAGAGGAAGGACCAGGACACUGCUCGAUUAGCAUAAGCUCCUAAGUGUCCUAAAAACUACCUUAGGAUGCUAGCUAGAAACAAAUACAAAAAAAAUACAAAUACAUGCAAAUCUCACGCCAGACAUACGCCAGUGAACAAUAGAAGUGCAAUAGGGAAUCGUUAGUCAAAACUAUAACAGGGAAGCCUUUCUUCUCGACCUGCAAAGUAUCGAUUGGGAAAUGGCUAUAUCCAUCGUCUGUGAUGACCCUAAUAUCAUGGCAAACAAAUUUUGCGAAUUAUUCUACUCGAUCUUAGAUAUGCAUGCACCUCUAAAACACAUUAAGACAUGCACCCCCACCCUGGAUAACUUCCCGUAUCAGAAAUAUGAUAUAUGAGAGACACCGGACUAAGAAACGUGCUGAAAAAGAUCGAUCUCUAUGGCCUCAGUACAAGCGCUUAAGAAACAGGGUGACCAGUGAGCCCCGAAGAGCUGUCGAAAACUACUUCUGUAAUUUAGUUGAUGAAAAUUUGAAUAGCCCUAAGGAGAUGUGGAAAACGAUUAACAAAGUUUUAAACAAAAGUCAGUGCUCCACGACUGCCAGAUCCGUCAUAUAUGAGGGUCAACUGAUUGAAAAGCAGAAGGGAAUUGCGGAAGCAUUUAAUAACCAUUUCACAACCAUAGGCCCUAAACUUGGGGAAAAUAUCGUAACUAAAGAAUCAGAUAACCCACUAAAAUACUUCACUGAUGAAGAUGCAUCCAUAACCCUAAAUUUUGAAUUUCAAGCAAUUACUUCAGACCAUAUAAAAAUUGGAAUCAAAAGAUUGAAAUGCAAUAAAUCUGCAGGUUUUGAUAAGAUCUCAGUACAGUUUGUAAAAGACGCAGCAGAAAUUUUAUGCAAGCCACUAGCUGCUAUAUUCAACUCUUCAUUCAAAAACGGUAUUUUUCCAUACACAUGGAAAAUAGCGAGGGUGACCUCUAUUUUCAAGUCUGGUUCUAAAAGUGAAAUGGGUAAUUAUAGGCCUUUAUCCGUGCUAUCUGUAUUCUCGAGAUUACUGGAAGAUUUGGGCACGACCAAGUCUCGACUUACAUGAAAGAGCAAAAGAAAUUUGCUGAAAGUCAACAUGCAUUCUUAAAGAUGCGUAGCACCCUGACCUCACGAUUCAUGGCUUCAUGGUUUUCUAAUGCAUAUCAGCUUCAUGGUUUUCUAAUAUUGACAAGCAUAGAAUUAAUAUAAGCGUAUUUCUCGACCUUAAAAAAGCGUUUGAUACGGCGAACCACGGGAAUCUUCUAUCGAAACUAACCAAAGACAGAGUGGAAGGGACAUCUCUUCGGUGGUUCACAUCGUAUUUAACCGGCAGAAGACAAUACUGUCAAAUAAAUGGCCAUAGAUCUAGCUUAAAAGCUGUUCACUGCGGUAUCUCCCAGGGAUCGUGUUUGGAGCCACUCCUCUUCAUCCUGUAUGUCAAUGAUUUUGAGCAGUACCUUAAAAAAUGCACCUCAAACAUGUUUGCGGAAAAUACCAGUGUCACCUGUUCUGCCGAAGAUAUCUACGAUCUCUGUAAUGAUCUAAAUGCUGAGAUCGACAAUAUUGCAGAAUGAUGACGUCAGAAUAAGCUUAGUUUGAAUACCGAAAAAACAGAAUAUAUGGUUAUUGGUCAUAAACGACAAACCAACCUUGGCCCUUGGUCCACUAGAAGUAAAUGUAAAUGGAGAGCCAAUCAAACGAGCUCAAAAGAUAAAAUACCUUGGAAUUACGGUCGACAAACACCUGACAUGGAAUGAGCAAUAUAAAAACCUUAAAGGUAAAUAAAAAAUGCACUCUCGUUUCUGUGGAAACUGAAAAACAUACUCCCACAAUCGAAACUGGAUCAGGUCUAUAAGGCGCUACUCGAGAGCCAUUUGAGAUACAGUGAUGAACUAUGGGGCAAAUUGUCAAAUACAAAGCUCGAUUACUUCAGCGUUUACAAAACAGAGCGCGCACGCUAAUAGAAGGCUCAAGAUUAAAGGACGGGUGGAGCUGCAAUUGGCUUUCAGUUUCGAAUUUGAGAAAAUUUGACAGGGCAGUAAUGAUCUACAAAAUAAUAAAUGGUCUCUGCCCUGACAAUUUGAAAGGAAGACUUGUCACAAGAUCCCAAAUAUCUAAUUAUUCAACAAGAAAUUGCUUUUACCUAGACAUCCCAAGGCAAAACCUAGAAUUCUCCAAAAGGAGUUUUUUCUAUUGUGGUGCACAGACGUGGAGCGAAAUUCCAUUACAAAUAAGAAUGAGCUCCACGAUAACCACGUUCAAAAAAAAUUAAA